UGUGUGCCGGAUCCCAAAGAGGAAGACCGCUCAUCGCUCAUGGCUGCAAUAUUUUGAGCAUAAAAUGUCAUUCAGAUUCGCACGUAUCUCCAAGAUGAUCAAUUGACUCGAAUAAGACUUUAACUCUGAGUCAUCACUCACUUCUCGUGGUUUCAUCCAUGGCAGCAAGAGACCCAACAUUCUCAAAGUUUUCCGUUGCAGAGGGCAAAGCCUACGCAGAGAAUAGGGGAAUUCAGUAUCCACCAGCUGUUUUUGAAGAGAUCCUUCGUUAUCAUGACGGUGGCACUGGCUUGGCUGUUGAUGUUGGAUGCGGGCCUGGUAAUGUAACUCGGGACCUCGCCAGGUAUUUCGAUAAAGUCAUCGGCCUUGACAACAGCAGUGGCAUGAUUGAGGCGGCCCAGGCUAUCCUGGCAGACGAAAAAAAUGGAAAUAUUGCCUUUGAUAUAUGGGCUGCCGAAUCUUUAGACAAGUAUGCUGGCCUUGAAGCUGAUAGCGUUGAUGUGAUCACCUGUGCCGUGUCGAUUCAUUGGUUUGAUCUGCCGGCCUUUUAUCGCGCUGCUGCUAAAGUUCUCAAGCCCGGAGGCUCAAUUGCGGCUUGGGUCAGCGCGCCAGCCAAAGCAGCUUCCUCGUGCCCUCAUGCUACUGAAAUCAAUGCGGUUUUUAGCGAGCUUAACACUGCACUAAAACCAUUCAAAAUGCCAGCAAACGUUCUAGCCGACGGGCAAUAUGAAGACUUGCCGCUCCCGUGGACAAUUGAGCCACCAAACUGUGAUUUCGAAAGUUCAUCCUUCAAACGUGUUGUUUUCUGCGAGGAGAAUGGGAAUGCACUGUUGAAGUCUUAUCCGCUGAAACUCGAUCGGCUUGAGCAGGGCAUGCUCUCGGCGAGCCCAUAUAUCAGAUGGAGGGAAGCAAACCCGGAUCUUGCGGGCACAAAUCAAGACAUCUCAAAGCUCCACGUUCAAAAGAUGCGGGAUGUUCUCGGAGGGGUAGAGGUCAUAGAUAUGGAGGUCCAGUUGGUGCUCAUCAUGAUGAAAAAAAAGUGA